UGAAACUGCACAAAGAAUCAGACUGAGCCAAGACACAACGAGGCACAACUAUUCAAACAGAAAACAUCAAAAUGUCUAAAAUGGUGGUGCGUCAGCCUCAGCCGGUGAUGGACUCACUGGUGUCCAACGACUGGAGCUCCGGGAUCUGUGACUGCUGCCAGGACGUCCCGGAGUGCUGUUUAGGCGUCUGGUGCUGCCCUUGUUUUGCCUGUGUCAUCAGCAAGAGGUACGGCCAGUGUCUCUGUCUCCCACUGCUGGACAUGUUCGGCUGCAUCCCUCCCAUCGGAAUGUCCAUGAGAAUUUCCAUGAGACACCGAUACGGAAUCAAAGGCGACAUGUGUAAGGACUGUUUGUACGCCUACUUCUGCAUCCCCUGCAACUGGUGUCAAAUGUCCCGAGAGAUGAAGACCAGGCAGAUCCCCGUGGUCCUGGUCAACGCCGCGCACAGAUGAAGCGCUCGGAAAAAAAAGACAUGAACGAAAAUAAAGAGAAUACUUUCAAAAUGUUCCUGGACACAGUCGGUUUCUGUUCUGCUGCGUGAAGAACCGGCACAAAACUCAAAGUGUAAUGUGUUUAUAAUGUUUACGUCACAUGGGCCAAUCAGAGUCCUGUGUUCUGUAU